GGGAGAGAUAUGGCGGAACGUAGGAGACACAAGAAGCGGAUCCAGGAGGUGGGUGAGCCAACCAAAGAUGAAAAGGCAAUAGCCAAGUACCUGCGCUUCAACUGCCCUUCCAAAUCAACUAAUAUGAUGGGCCACAAAGUUGACUACUUCAUUGCUUCCAAGGCUGUGGACUGUCUUUUGGAUUCAAAAUGGGCUAAAGCCAAGAAAGGAGAAGAAGCCCUCUUCACUAAUAGAGAGUCGGUGGUUGAAUUCUGCAAUAGACUCCUGAAAAAACAGUUUUUCCACCGAGCACUGAAAGUAAUGAAGACAAAGCCUGAAAAGGAGGUGAAGAAAGAAAAGGAAAAAGAAAAAGCAAAGUCCGAUAGUGGAAAGGAAGAUGAGAAAAAGAGCAAGAAAGAUGCCCCCAAAGAGGAGAAAUCAAAAAAGGAAAAGAAAAAAGAAGUUGAAAAGGAGGAAGUAAAGAAGGAUGAAGCACCUGGAACACCAAAAAAAAAGGAGACCAAGCGAAAGUUUAAGCUGGAACCACAUGAGGAUCAACUUUUCCUUGACGGAAAUGAGGUGUAUGUGUGGAUAUAUGACCCAGUCCAUUUUAAAACAUUUGCUAUGGGCCUUAUCCUUGUUAUUGCAGUUAUAGCUGCAACCCUCUUUCCUCUGUGGCCUGCUGAGAUGCGAGUCGGGGUUUACUACCUCAGUGUUGGAGCUGGAUGUUUUGUUGCCAGUAUUCUACUUCUUGCUGUUGCAAGGUGCAUUCUCUUCCUUAUCAUUUGGCUUUUGACUGGAGGAAGGCAUCACUUCUGGUUUCUGCCCAACUUGACAGCAGACGUUGGUUUCAUUGAUUCCUUCCGACCAGUUUAUACACACGAAUACAAAGGACCAAAAUCUGACCAGAAGAAGGAGGAAAAAUCUGAAGUGAAAACGCCACUUAAAUCAGACAGUGAGGAUAAAUCGGACAGUGAGAAGAAGGAAGAAGAGGAAAGAAAGGCUGAAGCAGCCGAGGGAUCAGGGACAGAAGGCUCUGGUGCAGAAAGGCAGUCAGACACAGAUAGUGACAGGCGGGAAGAUGAAGGCUCACAGCAUAGUAGUGGCAAUGGAAAUGAUUUUGAAAUGAUCACAAAGGAAGAACUUGAGCAGCAAACUGAUGAAGGAGAAUGCGACGAUGAUGAGGAGGAUGUUAAAGAGGAAGAAGGCACAGCUGAGAGUAGGCCUUUAUGUGAAAAAUCUUAAGACUUGUGUUUGUGACUGAGGAAGUGCAAGUGGAUGGAUAUUUCCUUAGAGUGAUCACCAACAUCACAUAAUUUCCUUCACUCUUCUUUACAAUAUGCAGAUUCUGUAGGGAUCAUCAAAUUUGUUAGGUUUUAAAAAAUUAAUUUCCAAAAAAUAAAUUGUAAUGGAGGAAACUCCAGUCUUUUUCAAUGAAACAAAAUGCUAAUUCCGAAGUUGUGACAGUACGUGCUGGCCUUUUACCUUACUUGUUUUAUCCUGUUGCUGCGUAGCUGAGUGUGAUCCCUGUGUAAUAUUGCAGCUGUUGGGGUUCAGCUGUCUGCAUGCAGCACAGGCUCAUUGCUGCUUGUCAGGUGCAUCCCAUGUAGAUGGUCUGGUCAUUUCAGGACGCUUUUGGUAUAACAUCAGCAUCCAGAUGUAGCAUCAUAUUUCAUGCAAAAUGAAUUUAAUGAAGAAAUCAGUAAAAUCCCUGGAGGGGUGCUGGGAGUUGUAGUGAAACAGCAGCAGUGGGAAGUACAGCUUUCAGCAUCCACCUAAACGUUCCCACCAGUAAGGCUGAUACCCUUGUUCUGUAGCCUGCUAGUAUCUUGGCUAAUUCCAACAUCAUUUACAACACAAUGAAAAUGAAUUUAAUCUAUACUGUUUAGCUCUAAAAGUGUUCCUUUUCUCAAUGAUUCUGCUGAGCACUAGCUUACGUAUAGUUCAUAUAUCUAUCAAUUAUAUAUAUAUAUAUAGUAAAGAGACUUUAUUUUAUAAAUACUUUAAUGACAACUCUUUUAUCCAACACUUAAAGAGCGUGUUAGUCAGUUGCAAUUUUCAUAGUUUUUAGGGUAAUUCUGGUACUACUACUUCUCUCCUAUAUUAGUCAUUUGUUUAAAUGGAAUAAAAUAAACAUACAACAAGCCCUUAUACAGAGAAUGCCAGAGGUCAAUUCCCAGCACCAUUUCUCAAUGUGUAGUAAUAAUAAUAAUGUAUGUCUUUUGCCUAAAAUCACCCAUCACCUCCACAUCCAAUGGGUUGUUUUGAAGUGAUCCCUCUGUGUUAUAUUCCUGAUCAUAAAUAACACCAAUUUAGUAUAUGUAGCUGUUAUUUGUGUAAUUGAAUGUCACCUAAUGGGCCAAGAUGGGAAGAACAGAUAGUGGCUAAGGGGCAUACUAACAUACAAUAGAAAAAAUAGAGAAGAAGUAAAAGUGACUUGUUUUUAUAACUCAGUGCACCUUCAUCGCAUAGUGUACAAUAUUUUGUCCUGCAAAAAAAUAGUUUACAAAUAAAUAUCCAAGUUAUUUUGUUAACAUUGAAAUGGUAAUACUGGUGGUUAUUGAAAAAGUUUGUUUAAAUACCGGAAAUUAUUGAACUGGCAUGUAAUUAAUAGUAAAUAUUUAUAUAUACACCUAAAACGAUAUUAGAUAUAGAGUCUUUUAUCCCAUGGAAUUGGGGAAUUUAGGAAGCUGCUAAAACCUAUUUAUGUGCACUUUUCCCAUGUGCAUAUUGCAUAGAGCAGGGCAAAGCAAGGUUCCAACUGGUGCAGUUAGUGCACCAAACCUUACUCGUGCCUUAGCGUAAGGGUUUACCUAAGCAAAUAAAAUCUAAAUGAUUAUACAUCAGUGUUCAGUGGUGAGGUGCAAAUACUCUGUGAGUACACAGCAAAACUGUAAAGGAAAGAGUAGGAACUGCAGAUGUUCUGUGGAGAUGGGUUCCCUCUAUAGGCAAAUGUAACUCUUUUCUAAAUUAUUUACUUAUUUUAAUUGUAUAAUUCACCUUCCAAGAUUAAAAUGCCUGCAGGACACUGUCCCAUUGUAUGCUUCAAUCCCAGUCAGAGUUUUGAAUGGAGGUUAUUACAGGCAUUGUGGGUCUCAAGUCAUAAGAAAGCCCUGGAUUGUGUACAGGGAGUCCUUCUGCGGGAUGUAGUUGUUUCCAGGCUUUAGUUUUGUGCCAACAUUCCAUGUAUGUAAGUAAAAAUAAAACAAUGCUUAUUAAAAGUAAAGGUGACAAAUACUG